AUGCAGAACUUGUCGGUGGCAGAAAGUCUUGGUAACACAGACAUACCACGCUGUGAGCCUCCAAAAGACCUGGCAGCUGAGGCAGGUGGAGUGUCUCUCCAUGAAAGUGGCUGUAACUGGAAUGAAAGAACAAGGAAUGAAGAAAUUGUUAAUCUUGAAGCAACGCAGCAAAGCCUCCCUGCAAUGAACAGGGAAGGGAGAAGUUGUGAGGAGUUUUCUGAGAGCAGCUUUAGUACCUCAGAACCCAGUGGAUCCUGGGGUGAUUUUGAAGGCUUCACGGAGCCCUUAGACAGAUCAGAGAUAUUCAGUGAUAAACUUGAAGUUUUGGUGAAGUCAGCAACAACUCGGGGAGCCGAUCUGGAGCUGAGCAGAGGAGGCUGCAGCAUUUCUGCUGCCCACGUGUGUGCGGAGCCAUCUCUGAGCCAUGGCAUGCGGGAGGCUUCGGGCUCUCUGAGAGAGGAAGACCACAGCUAUGAGGAGAUAUUUAAGUUGGGCUUUCCAGAAGUCUUUGUACCACAGUCCAGAGAGUGCAUAAGAAGCUUAGAGCAAGUUCUUGAUGCAAGUAAUGAAGAUGUUUGGAUUCCUGAACUUUUGAAGAAUCAACUUUGCAUGGAUUCUGGAAACGUAUGGAGAGCACUCAGGGACUUUGAUAAUGCCCCCAGCUCAAGACAUCCCUGGAGUAAAUCUCAUUGCCAAGAAAACCUCUUGAGUGUUCUCGGAGUAGAUGCAAAUCAAAAGGACGUUUCAGAGAACCAGGCUGAUAUUUUUGAAGAAUCAAAUGUCAAAGAUAAUGAGGACUUUAGAUUUGAUGGAUUCAGUGUUAAUGACUGCAAAGCAUUGAUCCAGACCAAGCUUUCUGUGUCAUCAGACUCCAGACAUGGUCACCUUUUCACCUGUAACCUCUUUUUGAAGACUACGUCAUCAAAUGAAAGCACACAGUGUAUAGCAGUCCCAAGGACGAAGCAGAUUUUUUCUACACACAACCUAAAAAUGAAAUUUUUCAGUAGUGAUGUUUGUUGA